AAAAAAAAGUGAGACACGCGUAUAAACUGAAAUUAAUUGCGGACAAAACGAACGAACAACAAAAAGCGACAAACGGACAGUUGAUCAAAAAGUGUGUGGCGAGAGCAUUGGGAGAGUAGUGAAAAAUAUCGGGGCGGCCGACAAAGACAGAGAGCGAAAGACAAAUAGAGUCGUUUAAAGGUGUGAAAGUGAAGGUUUCGAACGAACAAACGUACAGAAGAAGCAGAAAAAAAAUACAGUGCAAAACUUAAAAACUAUUUUAAAAAAUACACACGCGUACAACCGAAAUCGAAGCGAAACCGCGCGUGCAACAAACGAACAACGUCGACCAAAAAGACAAGAUCAAUAGCAAACAUUGUGCGAACAGAAUAGAAAGAGAAAACCAAACGUUACAGAAAGAAAAAAAUAGUUCGACGACUACGACGACUACGACGACGACGACGACUACGGCGACGUCGAAAAAACCGAAAAUCAUAACUUAUAAAAAUUCGACGAUCAGAAGAAGUGUUCGGCGGUGAGGCACGAUGAAGGCCUUAAUGGCCAUCGGUUUGUUUGUGAUUGUAUGGUUUUGUGCAUUUCAUAGUGUCGUUGUGGUAUGCACACCACCAGUUCGACCGGGCACUGGUAAUCCAUCACCGCGAUUACCGCGUACAAGCGCUAGUCAAUUAUCACAGCUGAACAAUGGCACCGGCACCAAAUCACCAUCCACCCGAAAUGCUCAAACCCAUCGGAACGGAAAUUUGCGCAUCAGAGAGCAACAGUUGUUGAAUGUGUUCGAGGUAGUCGUGUCAACGCUCGAAGGUAAACUCCAACGUAUUGACAACUUGGACAAAGCUGUUGAGCAUCUGAUGCGCCGUGUCGAACAGCUGGAUAAUCGUGUUGGUGACAAUAUCCACAAAACGGAGUCAAUCAUAUCGAAACUCCGAAAUUUGGACAACAAAAUAUCGGUCGAACCGAAUUCAAAUGACGACAGUAGUGUGAGUGCGACGAACGGUGCUGGUAAAGUGAGAAUAUCGAGCAAUGUGCUUGACUCGCGGCUGGUGGCACUUGAUCGCAAAGUCAGCGAUAUCGAUUCAAAAUUGGAGGGUUUGAAGAGUCAAAUCGAUAAUAAUUUCUUGGCCGUUGAUGACAUUGGUGCUGAGGCGAGUGAAAAGAAGCCGAUCAGUAUGAAUGUACUGGAAAUUACGAAAAAUAUGAAUGCCGAAGUGAUAAACCAUGUGUCCAACGAAUUGGGCGAUUUGCGAUCGACGACGGAGAGUAUGGACAAGAAAUUGCAAUUCCAUAUCAAUAUUGUGUCGGAGAAUAUUGGACGUGUGUUGAAAAUGAUUGGUGACAUUCAUGAAGCGGUCGUGGAUCAUCACGUCGAUCCACAUUACUAUCUAUACAAUUCAACGACCACACAGCCACCGAUCUUGAAAACCAGCAAAAUCGAUGCGCUUGUCAAACAAAUCAAGCCAAUUAUGAGCGUAUCCGAGAAAAUGGACGAAGUAUGGGAUGUGGUGGUUGGAACAAAGACAUCUGUCGAUGAUUUGGUGCCAAAGAGCGAUGAAUUGUUAACACAAACUCAACGACAAGAACGUGCAAUCGGUGAAAUUCAUCAAGAUUUAAAGGCAAAGGCUAAUUUAAUCAUUAGCAAUUUGAAUGUGGUCGAAAAGCGAUUGAAGAAACAAGAAAACGAUGUGGCCGCUCUUGCACAACGACCCGUUCCAGCCGAACUCCUCAUGGACCCAACCAUCGAUCGACUGGUGGAAUACGAUCCAAACAGAUAUUCAUUGAUCGAAGAGUUCACCGAGCCGCCACAAAUCCAAACGACAACCAGUUCAGUGGUGACGCCAACAUCACAAUCAUCAAAUCAAACGUCGUCAUCAUCAUCAUCGUCAACAUCCACCUCAUCAUCGUCGUCAUCAUCGAUCAGUACACAAAAUACCGUGCAAUCGAAUACGAUACCAACAAGUGCAUUCAACGUGAGCACCAACAAAGUAACAUCCCGGAAAGGUGGCAUCAUAUUCCCGAGCGUAAAAAAUAAGCCACUUGUAGGCAAUUCAACGUUUACCACUGACAUUUUGAGCUUCAAAGACGUUAAGGGUUUCUCAUGCGUGGACUUGCAGAAUGCUGGUAUGCGUCAAUCGGGCGUGUAUUAUUUGCAAAUUCGUGGCACAACAUAUUGGUUUUUGAAAGUCUAUUGCGAACAGGAUAUUGCUGAUGGUGGUUGGACGGUAAUUCAACGGCGUGACGACUUUGGUGAACCGCGCGAAAACUUCAAUCGCGACUGGUCCGACUACAAAAAUGGCUUCGGCGAUCCGGCCAAGGAAUUUUGGCUGGGCAACGAAAAUAUCUACAUGCUCACCAACAACGAAGACUACUCGCUGCGAGUCGAACUUGAGGAUUUCGAAGGCAAUAAACGAUAUGCUCAAUAUUCACACUUCAAAAUCUAUUCGGAGGCCGAUUACUAUAAACUCGAAAUUGACGGCUAUGAAGGUAAUGCUGGCGAUUCAUUGAACGAUCCAUGGUACGGUUCAAACAAUAGCCCAUUCUCAACAUACAAUCGAGACAAUGAUCGAAGCUCGUUGAAUUGCGCCUCAAUGCUUAAGGGUGGCUGGUGGUGGAAAUCAUGCGGCCGUGGUUUAAACGGUUUGUAUUUGCACGAUCCACAGGAUUUGACCGCACGCCAGGGUAUCGUUUGGUUCCGUUGGCGAGGCUGGGAUUAUACAUUGAAAAAGGCGACCAUGAUGAUACGGCCGAAAGGGCUUGGUUCGGCCACAGCGCCAUUACCAUCCACAUCAUCAUCAUCCGCCUCGCAACCAGCUGCAUCAUCUGCUUCUUCUUCAUCUGGUUCUGCCAGUCAACAGUCAUCCACAACAACAGGAUUCGUAUCAGCCGCGACAUGAACUGUACGAAUAAGUCUUUAGAACAAAACAACAAAACAACUACACACAUACAAAACAAACAAACAAAACCCACACACACACACAAACACACACAAAAACAUUCGAUCCAUUGAUCCUACUGUAGUCUUCUUCACAAUGGAAAUGGACAAAUUUUGUGGAAUGCCACCACGUCACGGCAUUCCGACUAAGUUUGCCGAUUUCUGUUCUAAGUAAUUUAUGUAGCAAGAGCUCUACAUCCCAAUAAGUCCUAUCCCUUUCAAGAUGUGCUCGAAUCCACGGACAAAUUUCAACGCACAAUUUGACCGAGGAAUCACCAAAAACAACAACAACAACAACAACAACGAACAAAACCAUACCUAGAAGCUAUUUUUUUUGCUUAUUAUUCCGAUUCUUAUCUGAAACAAAAUGAGAAAUGAAAAAAAUUACUAUGACCUAGAACAAAACCACUAUUUUAUAAGUUAAUUUAAAACAACAACAAUUCUGAACGACAUCAAAGCACCCGAAUCAUUUUCGAUGCACUUUGCAUGCUUUAAACUGCUGCAUUAUUUCUUUGUCUCAGCACAAUUCCCUCUCUAAUUGCUAACACUUUUGGAAUACAACGGUGCCGCUAUUUUCCUUCUUUUUACAAAUUUCAUUUAGUCCAUGGCGCAUCAGUUUCGGUUUUAUUUUAAACGGAUUUUUCGUUGUGUGAUUUAACUGCAUUUUUUAUAUGCACAAAGUCUUCCUUUAAGGUAGCCCAUUUGCGGUGAAUAACCAACCCAUUUUUUCAAUGAUAGAACCUUCCCAAUGAGAACUACCCAGAAAGUUUUUUUUAAAGAAAUGAAAAAAAAAUUCAAAUGAAAAUCUUCCUUCUUUUCGCUGUUCUUUAAUGCCUAUUAAGUCCCAUGAAAAAUCUUUUUUUCUACUAAAUUUCUUCUUUCUUGAAAGACCCAUUUUCCGAUACAAUUUUUUUCAUUGAUUUUAUAUGAUUCAAGUCAAUGAAACGUCUCAAUCUCAGCUUGUUGAGUUUCCAUGCUGAACAUAUAUUCUCAACUGUCGUUGACUGUUUUAAUCAAACUUUUUCCUUGAAAUCCUAUUCUGAAUGAACUAAGUAUCUAAGAAUGAUCAGUAGGUUGAUUUUUCAAACCAUAUUUUCGACGGGUCACACACAAAUCCACAAAAAUACCGAAUUGAUCAUCAAGCGCGUUCAUUUGUAUAAUUUCAAAGGUAUUGAAUCGUUAAUUUUUCAUCUGAUUAACAUUGUCGUUUUGACAAGAUCACUGAAUUUUGACUAUCAGAAUUUAAAAAUAUCUUCAGAAAGAUGGUAAUGUCGCUUUUGCUAAACAAAACACAGUUUACCCAUUUUCUACCGAUCAUUUGAUCUUCCAUACAAAA